CUCAGCUUCGGCCUGAGAGAGAGAAAGCAGGACAGCAGGUCUCCUGGUGCGCGGGGCUGAACUGGUACCGCAAACCAUGGUGCAAUCCAGGGCACUGGUGAUAGCUCUGAUCCUGCUCCUUAGCACCACCGUUCCCGAAGUGCACUCAAAGUCCAUCUUUGAGAGGGACCGUCGUGACUGGUUGGUCAUCCCCGAUGCAAUUGCAGCUUACAUCUAUGAAACUGUGAACAAGAUGUCCCCUAGAGUUGGUCAGUUCUUGGCGGAUGCUGCCCAGACUCCAAUAGUUGUUGGGACCAGGACUUUCCUCAUCAGAGAAACGACCAAACUCAGUUUACUGGCUGAACAGCUGAUGGAAAAAAUAAAGAACCUGUGGUAUACAAAAGUGCUAGGCUACUAGUCAGAAGAAGUCUGUGUUUCCUGAUGUGAGUUGGUAGCAUCCUGCAGUGUCCUCUUCCCCCUGCCCCUUCUACGGACCAAGAUCAGUCAAUAACACAGAAUCGAUGCUCCUGUUAAUGCCACUAGAGGGAACCCAGCGUCAAAGACCAAAGGAUGGAAGAAACCUGCUGAAGUCUCCCCCGAAAAAAAAAUAAUAAUAAAAAAUAAAGCUGCUGGGCAUGGGGAAGGCAAUGAGAUUGCAGAGCUCUUCUGUAGCCAAAUCUUGAAAAUUAAUUCCUUCUGAAUGACUUGGCUAUUGACCCUCUAAUAAAAAAAAAAUCUUGUUGUUACACUUCCUUAGGUUUCCUACUUGUAUUGAUUGUUAUUAAAUCACAUCCACCUUGGCACCCCAUUCUGCUGAGAAUAUGACUGCAUUUCACAGUAAGUCAUUGCAGGCUGUGGUAACAAACCCUGACAGUACAGGCACAUUUAACCAAGCUCAGGCUCCUCUUGGUGGAUGGGGGCACAGGACAGGACUACCUGAACAUCUUUUGGGGUAGCCACAACAUGGUGACCAUAACCUCACAUCAAGACAGACAAUGAAGUGCUGAGUCCUACUGAUUGUGCUCCUUGGUUAGGUAAGAAGCAAGCAGGUGCACCUGCAUCAAGUGUCUGAAGAUUUCAAAUCACUUGGGAAAACAAGUGCCAGUAAAUGAAACUGUGCAUCAGUUUGAGUAGGACUUUGAAAGCACAAUUCAUCAUCCAAGCAGUGGUGGAGCCUUUCCAAAGGAGAAGGGAGGGGAAAAUCCCUCAGUAGUUUCAGGAUGGAGGGUGAUCAGUUUAUGAGUUGGGCACCUAUGCCCAGAGCUGUUUUUGAAGACCUAGAAGGUCCUUGCCAGCCUUGUGUAACUGUGCCUAACCUCAAAUGCCCACAUUAAGUAAAGAAAUCCACCUACUUCAUCAGCAGGUAAGCAGAAACAAGUAGGCGAUGUCUGAAAUCACAGUGGGAGACUGCAGCAGCAGCUAAAACAAAACACUGCUAGUCACGAGAUCUAGGAGUCACAGGCACGUGAGCAGGGCUGCUGCUUAGAAGGGACAGCAUUUCCAAGGCUGACAAAAGGAGAUUUGCCUAAAAACUGCAAAGCAACCCUACUGUCCUUUAGGGCACGUCUCUGUUUGGUUUCCACUCGUUGGGGUCAGAGUUACGGGAGUGUAACUGACCAUACUGCAGUCCCUGCUGGCUCCUGGCUUGUCCUCCCUUUUAUUUAGAGCAGCCCAGCACUUGCUGCUCCCUGACACUAUUUCUAGCUUAUCUGGUAGCCAGCAAUGAGUAGAGGAAACAUAAAAAGAGGGACAGCCCAAGGAGGAACUGGGAGAUAUUAGUGUUUAGCUGUCAUGGACGUAUGGAAGAGAGCAAGGGGAGAAGUGAGGGGUGACAGAGAGGAGGGAGAAGCAAUAGACACUGAAGGAAGACAAAACAGCAACCUCAAGGCUAUCCCUUCCCCUAGUUGAGUCUGACUGUAGAAAUGAAUUCAAAUAGCUGACAAAAGGCUAAAUAACAGACAACGGCUAUAUUUCAUCCUGUAUCUCUGCUCCAACCUCCCACUAGCGUUGGUGGAAGAGCUGCCCUGUCUCUACAAGCACAGUUCUAACCUUGGAUUUUACCCUGCAGUCCACAAUUUACAACAAUAUUUGACCUUGUCAAGAGACAAGGCUUUGCCAUUGUCAAGCUUCAGUACUUGUAUUGCUUGGGCAGCCUUAUGAUGGGGGAAAGAAGGUCCUAAUUGAGCAGGAAGGCUUUCUUUGGUGUGGAGCAUUGGAUACCGAAAUGUACAUAUCCACUUUCUUUCUUAUAGGCCAGAAAGACUUAUUGUCAGCAGUACCUGAUUCUCCAAAGUUUCCCGUUGCCCCACUCUCAUCUUCCUCUUCUGAGGUCUCCCCUACGAGAGGAGUUUGCUUCAGCACAAACCCAAACAUGCUCUAGCUGUUGUCCUGUUGGAGCAAUAUGGCAGGCUGCAAAUAAUGCAGGACAAUGGUCUUUCGGGGAAAUGGGACUCCUAUUUUUGGGGGUUGUUUGUUUUUUUUUUAAUUAUUAGUUGGAUCAGCUAUUGACAUAAAUUUGCACUUAACCAGUUGUCUUGAAUAAUAAAUCUCUUUUCACAUUUUCUGUGUCUCAGCAGGUACGUGGUACCAUGCACAGUUGGAGUGAAAUCAGUCCCCAUGCAGAGCAGCAAGCUCUUUCACCUUUAGUUACUUCACCACUUUUGCAGACCUAUUUUGCACAUUUCUUUAUUGCUGCCAGUUUUGCUCAGACUAGUUCCGCUUCCCUGGUCACGCAUGAAUGUGCCACAUGCAUAUAUGAAUUACAUUAAUGCAUCACUACUGAGAAAAAGGCUUAGAAAAUUGCAGUUUGUGCUGAUAAGCAUGUUGCCCACAUGAAAAAAAACAGAAACUUCAGUCCUUUCUGCUACAGAAAUAAUUUCCUACCUG